CAUUUUUCCUUUCGUUUUGCCUUGGAUCUCAAGUUUCAGCCUAUAAGAAAACCAUCAUUCUUCUCUCUUUCUCUGUCGGUUGCUCAUCACAUUUUCCUUGCACGAAAGCAAACGCUGUCCAUCAUUUGAUUCCCCCACACCUUUAGCUUUUUUUUAACACCGGAAUUUCGUUCAAAAGAAUCUCAACAAACUCAGCUUUUCGUCACCUUGUCUCUGUUUUUUGAACAGUUUUUGGUUCUUUUAAGCUUCCAUUGUUGUUGAUACAGUAGAUCGAGGCGCUUCGUUGAUCCAUUUGACUCACCAUCUUUUCCAAAAGGAAAAUUUUCGAUCAGAAAUGUUGGGUGAAUUCAUUACCAGGGUUCUUGUGUUGGUUCUUGGAUAUGGAUUUCCAGCGAUCGAAUGCUUUAAAACAGUUGAGAAGAACAAGGUUUCGAUCGAGGAACUCAGAUUUUGGUGUCAAUAUUGGAUCGUCGUAGCAUUUCUGACGGUAUUCGAGAGCAUAGGGGACACAUUGUUUUCAUGGUUGCCUAUCUACGACGAGCUGAAGCUUACACUCUUGAUCUACCUAUGGUAUCCCAAAACCAAGGGAACUAGUUAUGUGUACGACACCUUGCUGCGGCCAUACAUGAUGAGACAUGAAACCGAAUUCGGUCGAACGAUACAAGAAUGGCGAGCCAGAGCUUGGGAUUUUGCUCUGUAUUAUUGGGAGAACUGCACCGAGUUGGGGCAGACCAAAUGGGUCGAGAUGUUGCAGUUCUUGUCCGGUCAGCCUUCGAGGUUGAAACAAGGCAAGCUGAUUGACCCGGUUCUAAAUCACCAAUUGGAGUUCGACGAGAAACGGCCAGCCCGCCGUAGACUCUUUGGAGGCAAAGGUCGUUAAGUCCAACCCCACGGUGAGUCAAAGCUCCGACAGGGAAAACCACACAGUCAACAACUUGUAACAAACGAACAACACAUGUAUAAACCACCCAACAAUUGGCAAACACUAACAGAAGAA